UCGCAUUGAUGAGGUAAUAACAAACAUGGCGGCGCUCGGUACAGCACGGUGCCUGCUGAGGAGCUACUCUCGGGUGAAAAAUGUCCCAAAGAGCAAACAAAUAUUUCUCAAUUGUACCACCAGGACACUUUGCAGCGGAACACAAGAUAAUGGUAUGUUCUGAAACGGUUAACACACUCUUAAAUGUGUGAAUUUCCUCGCUAGAACACUGACCUUGUUGCCUGGUGGUGAUCCUCGGUGUGAAUGUCUCUCAGUUUUAAGUCUUAAUAUGACUGUUUGUGAAGGAUACAACACUGCAGGAGGAAUCUUAUUCUUUGUAUGAUCUUUGUACAAACUUGGCUGCAGUAUUGUAUCAGUUAAAACUAUAAUUUCAUCUCUACAUCAUGUCCAGUGUGUGUGUGUGUGUGUGUGUGUGUGUGUGUGUGUGUGUGUGUGUGUGUCUGUCUGUCUGUGUGUGUGGUUGACAGCGGUCCACCAUCCUGCUUUAACUUGACUGACUACAAUGAUGGAGGUGAAAGCUGAUAGAUUACAACGGUUUUUAGAUUGAAUUGCUAGAGGCAUUGCCGAUGUGCACUUAAUACUCCAAUGCCAACAAUGUAAAAUGUUGAAAUCAGGAUUUAAUGGUUAGCAAAUCAUGGAAAGCUUACAAGACAACAAAUCAAAUGUUGAGACUUAAAAAUGUAACUUUUAAUUCUUCUAGUGAUGCAUAUGUUGUCUGUUUCCAACAUUUCAAAACACUUCUAUACAGCUGAUGUCUAAGCUGCCAUUGUAUGCACAUAACUAAUGCAGCAUCUGUACAGCCGAUCAUUACGUUUGCAGAGAUUUUCAUAUCUGCCUAUACCAAUCUAAUGCUGAUGAUAUUGUGCAUCCCUGCUAAAAGCGUGAAAAUGAAUGAGGUUAAUUUGCAGCAGAUUAGUCACAUGAUUUGUUGUUUUCAGGGCAAGUGCUUAACAAGUGUUUCUUCUUUUUCUCCAGCCCCUUCAGAAAGUGCAAAGCCCCAGUUCACAGAUCCAGUUGUUCAGGACAUCCUCACAAGGAUAACAGGCCUGGAUGUGCCGAGAAUUCUUAAACCCCUACAGCAGGAGCGAAAGCCCCCCACGUAUAAACUCAUGACGGAUAAGCAGCUGGAGCAGGUGCCCUUUAAAUAACUCAUGAUAUCUCUUCUCAUCACACAUACACCUCACAGUAAGACUUACUUGAUCCAGUAUCAUGUGUGUGUGUUUCCAGGCAAUGGAGUUAGCUGCAGAGCAGGCGAAGUCGCAGCUCAAAAUGCCUCCUGUACUCCCUGAGAGGAAGCCCAUCCAUGAUGUGCUGUCUGUGGACAAAGUCCUGGAUGGCAUGGACACAGCCAAAUAUGUCUUCACAGAUAUCACCUAUAACAUCCCGCACAGGGUAUGCACACGGUUUAAUUGGUUUCUGUGCAUGCUUGAAACUGACGAUUAGAUGGAGGAGUGUGAGAUGCAUGCUGCGUGUUGAUUCAGGUUUUAUAGCAUCAGUGAAAGCAGAGAUUUGAUUAAAUUCCAAGACAUUUUGGAUGUUUUGUACCUGUCUUUAUCCAUUUAUUUACAAUUCACCAAGUCUACAGUUGAUUUUAUACCUUAUUAAUUUUUGACUUCUACAAAAAAAUAAUAUUAAAAAUUUCAAUGUUUGCUUCUAGACUACUGUAUAAACUGUGGUACUUUCCCUAGGAGAGGUUCAUUGUUGUGAGGGAGACUGAUGGGACCCUACGGAAGGCAAACUGGGAGGAGAGAGACCGACUCAUUCAGGUCUACUUUCCCAAAGAGGGACGAAAACUUAGUCCGCCUCUCAUCUUCAAGGAGGAAAACCUCAGGGUAGGAAACCAUUGAGUCUUAUCUUCAUCAGAGACCUUUUCUUUUCCUUCAUUUAUUUGAGGGUCUGAACUUUCACACAGCUGCUUUCUGAUUUUCUGGUUGAACCUUGAUCUUGAACCAUGUCUUAGUACGCUCACCGACCCAUAUACGGCACACCAAAUUUAAACUUGUACUGCAGUGUUUACAGCAAAAGAGAUGGUAACUCAUGUUCAGACAGGGACAGAUACUCCUUAGACUUUAUGGGUACUACUCUCCAUUAUUUGGGCUAUAGAAAUGAAGGCAUGACAUAAUGGAUGUUGAAAGAGGAUAGUUUUUUUAUUCUAGUUUCUUUGGGCUUGACCCAAUAACUCGGAUCCAGCCAAGUGGCUGAUGUCUGGUUUUGUCAACAGUAGAGUCUGGCGUUCCUGUGUUUGUGCAUUCACAGGCUUUGUGUGCGGUAUCCCGGUGAAGCUCAGACAUGCAGACAGCAGGGGAGAGAAGCAGCAGCUAAACAAGUCAAAAAUUCAGCACAGAGAUUAUGAAUUAGGGGACUGUUUUGGUACAAAUAUUUACAGGUUGACAUGGCUCUUAGUUUGUUCUAGUGGCUGUUAAUUUGUGAACCUGGGUUCCUCUGUUUUGUAUUUUUUCAGUCUUCCUGGUAUUAAUUUCUAUGUAAUACUCCACUUAAUGUUACAUGAAGAGAAAUCUGAGCGAGUCUACAGUCUGAUUUAUCAGUGCUGCACCUUAUAUGAUAAUAAAAGUGAAUACAUAUGUGGAGUGUAUCACAUUAAAUCUUCUUUUAAAAUGUUAGACCUCUUCUAAAUUUUUGUAUCUUUCUGUCUUUCAGUGCAUGUUUUUGACUUCUCUUUGCAGGAGAAACACAUAAUGUGUUACUAAUAAUAAAAACAAUGACUCUGUUCUAUUCAAGGGUCCCAGCAAGAUAUGCGAGUGAGACAGGACAUCAAGAUGCACAUUAUAGAAACCAUGAAACUAGACCAGAUAGAUGGAAUGCGGCCAUUGUUAAAGUUACUAGUAACAUCUGUGCCUCUCAUGCCGGGACAUGUCAAAAUGUGUUCUGAGAAGAGGGUCUGCUCUUUGAAGCUUUGAAUUGCUCCUGUUUUGGUCUUUAUAGGACAAAGUGUACAUCCACAGGGUUAGAGAAAAAUCAAGUUCUUCUGCGUGCAUCAUGACUGUUCCAGUGUGAGCCCAAAUCCCUGUGCUUUGACUUAGCUUAAGGUCAUGGAUGGGUCCAGGUUCCUGGUACUGCAUAUGUAGAGGUCACCAGAAUCGGGUUCAAGUUACUUUAUUUGUACUUGUUGGUAGAUUUGUUUUGCUGCUGGCUGAUGACAUCAGGUUUGACGUUUGGUUACAAAACAAAUGCAACAUGACACAUAAAACAAAACAACCUGAAUAAAAAAAAAUAUUUAAACAUGAUAAAAAGUUCUCUAGACUCCACCAAUGAAAACUGAAGUCACGUAGAAUAAAAUUAGACACAUUAGUAAAUAAAAUUCAGGAAAAUAAGAGGAUAACUUUGGUACGUCUUGUUCAGCUCAGUGAGCUGCAGCCCAGAGCAGCAGGAACAAAACUGUUUUUAUAUCUCAUAACUAACGCAUGACUCAGUGGGACUCAUUGAUGGGAAGGCUGGUUUUGCUUUCUGGAUGAUUGGCCAAUGUGCACCUAAUGGUGUCGCCCAACCAGGAACUUCUCUUUAAGCGACUAAGUAGUUCCUGUGGCGUUUUUCACUCAAGUCCUGGGGAGAGCAUGCAAAUCAGUCCAAUGACGUCCAUUCGGCAGGUGAAGUCAUUCGCACAGUCUGUUAUUCAAGUCUCUGCAGAACUUUUCUUUACAAACGUUUUCACAGAUCAGGUUUGCAGCAGGAAAGCUGGAUUAGAUAUCAAAUGUCUUUAAGUUGCAGGAGGUGUUGCUCUUGUGCUAUCGCCCUCUGGUGCCUCUCUCUGCUCAGCUGUUGUCUCAAUGUGAUUGAACACUGGUUGUUAAUGAAUCCCCUAAUAUGGAAAAAUGUAGAUAAAACUGAGUCAUAACUCCUGUUUUGAAAAUUCCUGGGUCUCAGUCCUAACCCCUGAGCAGAAUAUUGUAUUGACCCGGUACUUGAUUUAGACCCUGGUUUCUGCAGUUAAAAAGUACAGAGAGAGGAACCUCAAAAGGUUCCUAGUUCCUGUGGAAAGUACCUGCGGUCAAAGCAUCUAUAAUAGUGGUCUUGUCAAGCUCUGUACCAUGAUGUCUGUGAAGAUCAGGAAGUCCUCCAAAUGUCUAAUCAGGCCGUCUAAGUGGAAACACUUGUGUGGCUGUCCAGCGAGGCUCUCACUGUAACGUUUUUUGACCUGUGUUUCUACAUUAGAUGGUGUUUUCCCAGGACCGCUAUGAGGAUGUGUUGGACCUGUGUCUGGUCCAAUUCGAGCCCGACUCCCCAGAGUACAUAAGGGUAAGAUGACAUUGAUUCUUCUGUUAUUUUAACCUCCUCACCAGCUGUAGUGAAAUCUGUGCUCUGUGUGGAGCGUGUUGAACCAUGAAAUUUCCACAGUGGGUUUCUGUGUUUGCUUUGGGCCUCUUUUAUAGAAAAUGUAAAACUAGAACAUGAGUGCAGAUUGGACAUUUAUGGAUUUGAUGUGAAAAGGAUCUUAUUCCUGUAAUGUGCUGUGUGUGUGUGUGUGUGUGUGUGUGUGUGUGUGUGUGUGUGUGUGUGUGUGUGUGUGUGUGUGCAGGUUCAUACACUUACCUACGAGGAGCUGGAAAAACAUCAGAAAUACAAUCUCCUGCGUUCUACCAGACAUUUUGGAGGCAUGGUGUGGUAUCUGCUCAACGCCCGCAGGGUGGACGGGCUGAUAGUGGACAUGCUGAAGAGAGAGAUGUGAGUUUGUGUGGACAUGUGAGAAAUGCACACUAACCUUUUCAAUGUCAUCCAUUCCAACCGAUUAAACACAUCAAUCUUUUAGCAGUGGCUGGUCAACAGAGAGCACUCGAGCAACAGCCCACUAAUCACCAAAAGGAAAAAUAACUUUUGAAAAGUUACCUCAUCAACUGGAAUAUACGACAACCCUGAUAAUAAGAUGACCCCUUAGCUCUAUCUGGCUGUACAGAUCAGUUUCCGUUUAUUGUAACAACUAUUAAAUGUGAUCACUGCACCCCUAAUUAAAGCAGGUCUGUAUUUCGACCUGAAGUGCAUGAAUCUUGUGCCUUGGCCCCCCUUUGAUUCUGACUCUUUCCACCUCAUUACAUGAAUACAAGCUAGCUGUGAGGCAAGGCAAGUGUUCCUGAACUUCAGCCAGCAGGUGGCAGCAGAGGGAUAUUUCUUACGCUUCAUGAGGGGAGAGUGAAAUCUGCAACCAUGUGGUACAACAUACCUGAGAAACAGUGCUGGAGCUCCCAUUUGCUGACCUGUAAUAAGUCUGUUCACACUUUGAUCACUUCCCAAAAACACAGAGCUUUUUAUACAUGUAAGGGAAAAUAGAUAAAGGUCUUUACAUUUGGUGAAAUACUCUGUUUUGUUUGUUGUCACACCUUCAUAAUGAGGUAUUUAAUAAUGAGGAAGUUAAAGCCUCAAUUUAACAUUCGGUUGGAUUAAAAAGUACCUGAACUUUUUAUCAGCAGACUUUGACUCGGAUAUUAUGAUAAGAUAAGAUAAGAUAAGAAGAACUUUAUUGAUCCCCGAAGGGAAAUUCAAUUGUGUGUUGUCUCACAUAAUAUGUCUCUAAAAGUUAUCUAUUAUUUACAUAAGAGUUAUAAAGCCUGAUGGCUGUUGGUACAAAAGAUCUUCUGAAUCUAAGGAUGUCAGCAAGGAAGGAAAUUAGUUUUUAAUUAAAAUGCAAAAUCACUCUGCAUGUAUGUCAGUAACCUUUUUCUGUACCUACUGACCAGUAUGGAUUUGUGAAAAGCAAAAACAGCCAAUUCUUUGUUUAUAUGGUUUUGAUUUUACAGUGAUAUCUCAAUGUAUUGUGGUUGGUAUUGACUGACUGGAAUAAAAAAACAAACAAACAUAUUUUUGUCAUGUUAAAAUGUUGAAACUCAAAUUUAAAUUCACAGAACUUUGUGAAAUUGCUUUGCUGAAACUUUGACGGGCAAACCUGUAGAAGCUACAAGCAAAACACACCGUUUACUCAUAGUUAGGUCAUUUUGAUGUGCAGCAUUUAGUGUUGUUUUGCACCUGAGCAAACACAAAACUCAUCAAAAGUAGACAGCAUACAGUAGAUUUGCAUGUAAAGUGUCAAACACCCUGCCUAGCUCAGACAUGUAAGCAUCUAAGGAAGACUUCCCACACAGUCAGACGUGGCAUAAAAAGGGGAGAUGUGUGUCUGUGUCCUGGAUAAAGGUGGUUUUGAAACAUGUCUGAAGUUAUAAAAGCUAAAUUUCCUUGUGUCUUUAUGCACAUACUGAGCCGUUGAGUGCUGGUAGAGUUCUUGACUAAAAGUGUUUUUUCGUGUGUGUGUUUUUCAGGCUUCAAGAUGCAGUGAGCCUCGUGUCUCUGUUUCACAUGGUCCACCCUCACAGUGAGUCAGCGCAGGAAGCAGCCAGGCAGCAGGCCACUGGCACCGACUUACUAAAGGUAAAAACACGGAAAAAAACAAAACAAAAAAAACAGAAAAUAUCUGCUAAACCACUUCUUUGUUUUUCACUUUUCUGUGUUGCUAUUUGAUCUAAAAAUCGAUCCAGGUCGUAUAAAUAGUGAUCACUGGGGUAUUGAGGUAAAUCAGGAGUCAGUGUAGCUCUUAGCAGGUCACGUGAAGGCCGCCGAGUUUCAGGUUUCUGCUGAGAGAGGUUUGGGUUUGUCUGCAGCGUGGGAACCAGGGGGCCGAGCCAAGGACACAUCAGGUCUUAUUAACGCUCGCAGCCCUUUGGCCUUGAAGCAGUGGGAGUGACAUUGAUAAUGACAGCCAUUUAAUGUGAAAGGUUAGCAGCAGGAGACACGGGUGUCUGUCUACUAUCACACGAGGCCUCUCGUUCAGUCACGCUCCAUUACAGCGCACAUACUUAGCUGUGUUUUAUUAGAGCGCUACUAAAACGGUGAAUACUCUGAUUGUACUUAUAGAUGUUUUCGCUAACCCCAACCACUCAGAACUGGGCGUGCCGUUUCUCUCCUACGCUUUGCUGACCUCUGACCAUUUUCCCCGCAGAUCUACGCCCAGAAGGAGUCCCAGAGGUCGGGAUACAUUGAGCUGGCCCUGCAGGCGCAUGAACAGAUAGAUGUUCAGAGCUCCUCCGCCUGAUGAGUCUGCACCUAAAUAGCUGUGUACAAAUUUCUACACAAAACAAUAACCAGAAAAAAACAGGCUGAAACUCACCUGUUUUCAAUGUACUGAAAGAAUUAACUUAGAAACUGCAAACAAGAUGGAAAAGUUAUUCAUUUAUCACUGAAGAGGAGAGUUAUGAACAUCCUGUGUCAAACUUAAAUGUUUGUUUCCAAAUGAUGUACUGUACAUAAAAAUAAAACGCUUUGUACCUGUGUGAGGUGAUUCUGGAGAAAAA